AUGUCUACUACUCUCCAACCAACAACAGAUAAAAUCUCAUCAACCACUUCCCCCACUUCCCACCCACAACACGACAAGGUCGUUAUCAACGAUUCCUCUACAACAUCCAACAAACCAUAUCAAGAUCUUCCAACAACAUGUGCAAGCUCACCACUCUCCGAUACGGGAACUGGUUCUGUUGAGGCUCAUCAACUCGCCCGUUCCGUGCAAACAUCAUCGUCCACUACAAAAUUAAACAAAAAUAUUGGCAACGACAAGGACCAAGAACAACGAUGCUCUUCUUCCGGUCAUGCCGCUGAUCAUGAUGGAAAGUCUUUGAGUAGCAGUGUUGAUGUUGUUGUUGGAAAACACUACUCAUGGUUUUGGAAAGUCCUGAAAUGGCCACCACAAUGUAUUACAAUAAUGAACGUAAUUUUGAUGUUAUUUAUUUUGCAGGGAUUGUUUGGAUUGUUUUCAUCGUUUAUUUUACUCUACACAACAGGAGAUAAUAUUGUCCAACGAUCAAUAGCAAAACAAAAACUGCAAAUGAAUCUAGUUAUGGAUUAUGAACUAAGUGACUUGAUCAAAACGACAUCUUUAGCAAUUAAUCAGGUUUUAUAUCAAGUUCCUGAUAUUAAUUUAAAUGAUAAUCAGAGUUGGGUCAAGCUCUUUGAUAACUUGAAAAAACUUUAUCAAUAUAAAUUACCGAUUCAAAUAUCAUAUUUUGGAAGAUUUGAUCAGAGCAUGAUUGGUCUAGAACUAACCUAUGUGAGAAUUUUUCACAAAGCUCAAAAAGCAGGUAAUUUCACUAGGCCUGUCACGGAUUAUCACGUGAUUAAUGAUAUUGAUAAUAUUUUAGCCCCAUCAAAUAUUAAGGCAAGCUAUUAUUCAAGUGUUGACAUGACUGCAAGACCUUGGUAUAAACCCUUUGUGAAUGCAACUAAUCCAAAGAUUUUGUGGAGUCCAUUUUUCUAUUCGGCCCUCUCACUCUAUCCGUCAAUCGCUGCCUGCAUACCCGUUUAUAUCAAUAACACAAUCUCGAGUUUAACUGCCAAUUACUCCAAUGCUCCUAUCUAUUCGAGCUAUGCUGCUCCCAGGAUACCCAGCAAUUUAUUUGGAGUAAUUGGAAUUCAGAUUAAUGUUAAAAACAUCUCUGACAUUUUAAGUGAAUCAGCCCUUCGAGCUGGAAUCGCUGCUUCAUUUAUCAUUAAUUCACAGGGACAAAUGGUUGCUGCUACCAAGUUUUUAGGAUAUCCUGCAUUACAGAAUGACUCAGACAGUAUUAUGAACAAACUUGUAAACGAAACCGUUUCUAGAGGAUUUCUGCAACAAAUUUCAGCUUGGAAAAACGCCCCAAAUAAUCAGCAGCUACGGGGUUUAGCAAUCAAAGAGGCAGGAAGUUUUACUUUUCAAACAGGAAAAACCCCUACAUUAGAUGUUGUGUUAUUCACAAUUACGGAUCAAUAUGGGCUUAAUUGGGGCUCUGUCAUUGCAGUGCCACAACGAGUGUUCGUUGAGGAAGUGUUUCAAAGUAGUAUUUCGUCCGUUGUGAUAUUUGCAGUUGUGUUAUUCCUUGGUUUAAUUAUCAUAAUUUCAGUAGUUCAAUGUAUUCAACUCGGGUUGAGAGGAAUCAAGCGUCAACUGAAGGAGUUGGUGUCUGGGAAUUUUAGUUUGGUCAGUCUCGACAAAAAAAUUCCAAUGGGUUUUAGUUUACUAUAUGACAUUCGUCAAAUGCAACAAAGUUUGAACACCAUGCGGGCAGGGUUAUCUAUUUUCUCUAAAUAUGUUCCAGAUAUUAUCGCCAAGAAGUUCGUAGGAGAAACAACGCUUUCAAGAAACAUGUCUAUACUUGUCAUGGACAUUCAUAGUUUUACUCUUCUAGCAGAAAAAACAGACAGAGUGAGCUUUAUUUCACUGAGUACAGACCUUUUCUCGGAAAUAUACGAAAUCAUUGAAAACAACAAGGGUUCGAUUGACAAAUACGUUGGCAAUCGAGUUGUAGCAUUAUGGAACGGCCCUAAUACUUGUGUGCAAGAUCAUGAGACACUGGCAUGCAACGCAGCAGUUCAAAUUGUACAUUGUCUCAACAGGUUAAAUUCUAGGUGGAGAAAAUUUAAUUUUCCAAGUAUUCGUUUUGGUCUGUCUGUAAAUAGUGGUGGAAAAAUUCUGGCUGGAAAUAUUGGAGGUAGCUCUCGAAUUAACAUUACUGUUGUUGGAGAUGAUGCCAACGUUGCUUCUGGCUUAGCAAAGUUGAACAACAAAUUUGGUACACAAAUUCUAAUUGGGCACAACACUUUUGAAAAGGUUAAAGAUCAAAUGGUUUGCUAUUUUGUCGACCACGUAGCACUUGAAGGAAAGAAACAACCAACUCGAAUUUAUAGCGUGGAAUCAACUAUUAAGGAUGCCACUGAAAAUCAACUCAAGCUUCGACAAGCUUCUAAGGAAAUUGAACAGUGCUUUUUCACACGUGAUUUUUUACAAAUCUCUGAAAUUUGUAGUACGCUAGAAAAACAUGGUCAUGUGACGCCAAUACUUGAACAUUGGAAGGCAAAAGCAUCUCUACUCCUCAAUACCAGCCCUCUCACAGACAUGGACUCUGUGUUACAUCAAGCUAGCGCUCAGCAAUAA